UCGUUUUCGCUGCCACCAACAACAUGGCAGCGCUCAGUAGCAUGGAGUCGGCAUGUCGGGUUGUACUUGGUCGGGGGCUCAGAAUAACCCGCAUGUUUCCGCACAGUCCAGAAAGAAAGUAUCACAGGUGUGUAGUUCCAAUCUGCCUACGAAGAGCUUUACCCUCUGGGACAAAUCGGCUUCUGUUCCUGUCUGGUGUUCGCUACCAAAGUACAGUAAUAGCAUCGGCAAGCCAGGCCUCUGACCUCCAAGAAGUACAAUUGCCCAUAUCUCCUCCUGCUCCUGAAGCCAUCUUACCCCUGCCACUCAGUGAGACCCCUCCUACCUUUACUGAGGCUUUGGGGCAGGGAGAGCUCGGUCUUUCAGAGCUGGGCCUUGGGGGCCACACUCCUGUUGGACUGGUGCAGAACUUCCUGGAGUUCUUACACGUGGAUAUGGGAUUGCCCUGGUGGGGAGCUAUAGUGGCAGGCACAGUAAUUGCUCGUAUUCUAGUUUUCCCGUUAAUAGUGAAAGGACAGAGAGAAGCAGCUAAACUGAAUAAUCACAUGCCUCAGAUCACUGCAAUAACAAACCGAAUGAAUGAGGCCAAGCAAACCGGGAACAAGUUUGAAUUCUCUAAGGCGUACUCUGACCUCAGCCUUUAUCAGAAGAAACAUGAUGUUAAUCCUCUGCGUGGCUUCCUUGUGCCCUUGGUUCAGGCGCCAGUAUUUAUUUCAUUUUUUGUGGCAUUGCGAAAGAUGUCCUAUCUUCCCGUUCCCAGCAUGCAAACAGGGGGUCUCUGGUGGUUCACAGAUCUGACUGCUGCUGAUCCCUACUAUAUUUUGCCCAUUAUAGUCACCGGCACCAUGUGGGGUGUUCUAGAGCUAGGAGCAGAAUCUGGAGUGGAUAACCCCAACCUCAGAGUCAUGAAAACUGUUUUCCGUAUUAUGCCUUUGGUAAUUUUACCACUUACAAUCAACUUCCCCACAGCUGUCUUCACAUAUUGGGUGACUUCAAAUAUUUUCUCACUAGCCCAGGUGGGCUUCUUGAAAAUCCCAGUCGUUCGGCAAAAACUUCGCAUUCCUGAGAGGCUCAAACACGAUCCUUCUCUUCUCCCCAAAAAUGAAGGCUUCUUGAAGAGUCUGAAAAAUGGUUGGAAGAAUGCACAAGUGGCACAGCAACUGGAGGAACGAGAGCGGAGAAUAAAGAAUCAUCUCGACAUUGCAGCAAAAGGGCCCCUGAGACAGACAUUUUCCCAAAACCCAUUACAACAGCGGGAAACACCUCAUUCUCCAAGAAAUAUCAAAUCCAAGCCUUGGCAGGACACAAUUGGAUAGAAAUUGUAAUUAGGUUUUUUUCCUUUAAUACAUGGACUAAUUAUGCACCUGUUGAUUAGUUUUUACCUUCCAUGCGUUUUCUCUCUGCUCCCUCAGAAUUGAGAACUGUAAAAGGGAGGAAGAUGCCGAAUAGGCCUGUGAUUUACAGGAAAAUUAAAUGGCAGAUUCUGAGUGUCA